AUGCUGGGAGAAGGUGCAUCAGCGUCCGUGCCAGAAGGGCAGGUAGGGACCAUGCCUGCCUCCAAAAAGGACCAGCUGGAAGCCAAGAUUGCCGAGGAUCCUCGCGUUGCAGGACCUUGGCUACAACUGAUCGAGCUAACCCGUGAAGGUGGUCAGCUGGAUGACAUUCGCGAUACGUACGAGCGCUUCUUUGAAUACUUUCCUCAGGCCAGUGCUCAAUGGAUGCAGUAUGUGGAUCUAGAGCUAGCACACUCAAAUUUCGAUAAUGUCGACGAUAUCUUCACUCGAUGCUUACGAUCCACAUUGUCCGUCGAUCUAUGGAAGCUUUAUCUCUCUUACACGCGUCGCGUUCAUCCUGUGCCGCCUCCUACCGGAGAGGAAAACAGUGAACGUGAUCAGGUGCGUCGUACGCUUGAAGAAGCGUAUGAGUUUGCUCUCAAAUUUAUUGGCUGGGACCGUGAAAGCAGUUCCAUUUGGCAAGAUUACAUUCAGCUCAUUCGCGAGCGUGAAGCCAAAGGAACAUGGCAGGAAGGCCAAAAAAUGGAUCAAUUGCGUCGUGCUUUUCAGAGUGCCGUCGUUGUUCCGCUGAACCAAGUUGAGUCGAUUUGGCGCGAUUAUGACGCGUACGAAACGUCUCUCAAUAAGUUGACGGCCAAAAAGUUCCUAGGAGAACGUUCCCCCGCUUAUAUGCAAGCGAGGACGGUAUUGCGUGAACUAAAGCAGUUGACAGAUGCGCUGGAACGCCCUUCUCUUCCGAGUCAACCGGCUUGGCUGGUUGCCAAUGGUAGAACUGCAGCUCAAGACAAGCGGGCUUUCAAAGCAUGGCAUCGAUAUUUGGAGUGGGAAGAGUCCAAUCCACUGUCUAUCGACGAUACUACUGCAUUCCAGCAUCGUGUACUGUCCGCUUACAAGCAGUGCGUUAUGUAUGCGCGAUUCGACCCGGUUCUGUGGUACAUGGCAGCCAACUACUGCCAAAAACAAAGGCUAGAAACGGAGCGGCUUGUAUGGCUUCGAAAUGGUAUUGAUGCCUGCCCUUGGAGUGUGCUUUUACGAUUUACGUACGCGGAAUCAUGUCGUGCUCAAGGGCGGUAUAGUGAUGCGACUGCGGCGCUGGAUGACCUCGUCGAGUACACACAGAAGCAGUUGGAUCUACGGCUACGCCAACUAGCACGUGCUGAGCAACAAAUCGAAGCCGAAAUUGCGAAGGAGCGUACAGCACAGUUGCAGAAGCGGAAUCAGGUCGACUCUGCGCCGGAUGAAGAAGAGGCAGAUAAAGUGGAGUUGGCCGAUAUUGAGCGUCGCUUGCAAGAAGAGCGUGAGAAACGAUGUGCCAUAGCGAAGAAAGAGGCACAAGCAGUCUUGGAUCUUUGGCAAAAUGCUGUGAGUCAAGUAUGGAUCAAGUACAUGCAGUUUGUGCGUCGUGCUGAAGGAAUUCGGCCUACACGCCAAAUUUUUGGCCGUGCGCGCAAGUCGCCGCACUGUUCCUGGGAAGUGUAUGAGGCCAAUGCCAUGCUGGAGUAUUAUUGCUCGAAAGACCCUGUUGUAGCAACGAAGGUGUUCGAGCUGGCCCUCAAAACAUUUGGCCCGAAUGAGCACUUGGUCGUCCGAUACCUCAAGUUUUUGUUGUCGAUCAACGAUGAUACCAAUGCACGCGCGCUCUUGGAGCGGACGGUCCACGGUAUGCCACCGGAAAAGGCGCGUGUCGUUUGGAUGAGCUGGGCCGAGCAUGAAUACAGCUAUGGCGAUGCGAGUGCCAUUGCGCGGCUAGAAAGUCGCUUGCAUGAGACGUACCCCGACCUCUCGGUCAUGGAAUGUGCAUCUAUGUCUUUGCGGUACCACAAUCUAGACAGCGUGCGAUCCAUGGAUAUGGGCGACUCGGCCGAUGCCAUUCUGAAGCCCAAAGCCCAGCGUUCCAGCCGCGGCGAGGUGGAAGACAAGGCGGAGGAGACUAGCGCCGCAGCCAAUCCCGAGAAAGAGCCAACGAAUACCAGUAGCCAGCCAGCGAAAGCCGAAGCAGCUGGCCGUCAAACGAUGGAGGAGAUCCGACGGUCCCUCGUCACGUCGUCGGAGCCUGUAAAACGAACGCGGGCCAAAGCGGAGGAUAAACCGUCGAAGAAGAGCAAGAGUAGUGCCGCCUCGGAUACAUUGACACGCAAGGCAGCGCGUGAUACGCCCCCUCCGCCUCCCUUCGUACUCCCAGACGCCAUACUCUACUUUAUGAACCUUCUGCCGCCGGCCAUGACGUUUGAUGGACCGCCAAUUACACCGGAGCAUAUUUUUGAGUCCAUCGAUAUCUUGGACGAAUACAUGUGCUCCGAGACGGGUAUCGUACACAUGGAGAGACUCAUCUCGGUAGAGCAGAGUGCGCCGCGAUGGAUACGCAGUCUACUAGGGGCUGACGACGUCACAUAUGUCCGUGAAUUGAUCCGCUUUGAUCCUCGCGUGCCCGCUGUGGAUAUGGAGAGUACGAAUCUUUCUUUCAGUGACUAUCUCCUUGUCCAGGAGAAAAUCCGUUACACACCCUUCGAGAAAGGUACAACACGAUUUGACCAGAAAGCCGAAUUCCACUGCCGUGGGCUAGAAGGGUCUAGCGGACAAGGACUGUUUAGUUCUGCCGCGCAUGCUGUGGAAGAAGCAAGUGUGAAACGGUUCAGCCAGAAUGCAGCAAAGGGUCGCGCAGGCUUCUCGUAUGUCCUCAUGGCUCUGUUUGGCGACAAAGAUGCCGUAGAGUACGAAGCACAUGUAUUGGAUACAUAA